AUGAACAACAGCGCAACUCUCAUCCCCUCUGACCAAGUCAUAAUUGCCGCCAAGGGCAAUCACAUCACCGCUGCAGAUAUCUCUCAUGCCUUAUUCUAUGCCAAUUCUCGGCUGUUGGCCAUGCGCCUGCAUGUUGACAAGAGUUUUGCCACUGCCAUGCCUGGCUAUGCACAAGCAUUCUACACCCUGAUGAAAUGGGAGAUGGAGACCUUUGUCACACCUUUCAUCAAUAUAUGUUUUAUCACCCGGUUGUCCGCUGUUAUUCCCAAACUUAUCAAGGAUGUGCUCUCAAUCAUGACCGCGCACACAUUGGUGGACCAGCAACUGGAUGUCCAUGCCAUUUUGCAGGAUAUCAAGGCAUUGUGCCUAUCUGUGGAUUCAAACAAAUCUGAUGAUUAUGAUAUUGCUCACAUGCAAGACUAUUUUAAUGACUGGUGGAAGGACACACUUGGUUGUUGCCAGGUUUCAGAUAUGUUGCCCAAGUCAUCUGUCCAAGAUGUGAUGGAAUUUGGUGGGAUGGCACUUUUCACACCUUACAUGGUUGCAAUCCCACUAGACUGGGCCCUGUACCAGACAUACCUUGCCGGUGAAUUGGUGCACGAGAUUUUCAUGUCUACAAUUCUACACCGACCGGUAAAGGAUAUGGACCUUGGACUCUUGGAUAUCGACACUUGUAUAGCUUUGGAGCAGCUCGCCAAUGUGAUGGCAACUGCUUACUCUAAUGCCGUCCAUCUUCGAAUAGACAUGGUUAGAUACAAUGAUGCCCUUGACAAAGACGAAUCCGGUCGAAGUGAAAACCGAGAGGAGAUUCUUUUCGGCAGAUUCCCCCCUGAAGAGGAGCGUUUCUUGACAACCCCAUCUGUUGUCAUUGAUUCCGGAGGUAGAAUAAUUGUGUGGUAUUUGCCUGGAGCACUGACCGGUAUGAUGGUGACGGAUAUUUAUGGUGCAACACGUUCCAUGGGUGGUUUGUUGAGGCAUAGCAUCACAACAGGUAAGACUUCUCAAUGGAGGACCCAUCAGUCCAAUUUCCACCCAAGUCUGGAUGGGAUGAUCACCCCCGGUUGUAUCAAUAUAUCUCCUGCAUGGUUUCAGCAAGGAAGAGAGACACAUGGCUUCCUGAAUCUUGACCCGGAAGAUGGGUUCUCACCAGAGGUAUCUGCGGCACUGAAAGGUGAUGCUGGUCACCAGAUUACGGCAUCCCUUCAAAGGUCCGGACUCAUUGUCUCUGCUGCACUUCGAGUCAUGCACCCGGAUCUUUAUUGGGCCGGAAUGGAAACUCAAGUCAGGCUUGGUACAUGGGCUGCUAGAUAUCAAUUGGAUGAGAUGCAACAUCAUCUUUGA